GCCGGUACUUGUAAAGCGAAGUGACCUUCUUCACGACCGCCACUCGCCCAGAGAGAGAGACAGAGAGAGAGGAGCCGCUGAUCGUCACCGGAGACUUGUUCUAAACUCACAGCUGACGAUGGGAGACAUUGCCAAGGGAAAGAAGGCGUUUGUCCAGAAGUGUGCCCAGUGCCACACAGUAGAGAACGGGGGCAAGCACAAGGUGGGCCCCAACCUCUGGGGUCUGUUCGGACGCAAGACCGGCCAGGCAGAGGGCUACUCGUACACAGAUGCCAACAAGAGUAAAGGUAUCGAGUGGGGCGAGGACACCUUGAUGCAGUACCUGGAAAACCCCAAGAAGUACAUUCCAGGAACCAAGAUGAUCUUCGCUGGCAUCAAGAAGAAGGGGGAGCGCACGGACCUCGUUGCGUACCUGAAAUCUGCGACGUCAUGAACCCGUCACUAAAACCAGAAUAUUUAAUGCCAUUUUACUGUCUUUUUGUUUAUUUGUAGGCUUGCCCAUGGUACAACUGGUUUUAUGUUUUGUCAUUUGCACGGAACUAAUAUAAUCUUGUGUACAGUUAGAGAAGUGGGACUUCCUGUUAGCCAGUGAAUUCACAGCAGUUGUUCAAGUGACGAAGCAUAAAACUUGUUUGUUGUUUUAUUUUCUUUGUGAAUCUAUGCUUAACUUAUAACUAAUCUUAUUAUUUAAAUUUGCUAGAUAAGAUAGGUCGCCUGAUCUAUCUCUCAUUCUGUUUUCAAUGACAACAUGUGUAUGGUACUUUAUGCGAGCAGCGCAAAUCAUCUAAUAUUAACAUCAGAGAGAUAAAGAGGAAUUUUGCUGUUCUGAUGAUUAACUGGUGCUGAUACUUCUUCCACUCCCUAUUUCGUGGCAGGUGGAGUUUCAGACCUUUUACAACGACUGACAGUGAAUUUUAUCCUUUCUGUCUCGUCUCUCUUUAAACCUCAGCUGUCAGAAACUCCCACCUGCCAUGAAUUCUCCCCAGAUUCCACUGAUACAACAUUUAGUCCCUUCCAAGAUUUGGCUCUUCCCGGCUAAGAAUUAUUGAAUAUGAAUGCUGUGUGGAUUGAUUUCUUUAAACCCCCUCCCCCCCACCAUGCUGUGAUACCUGCUGUGUGAAAUUAGCUGGCAAACAAUCACCGUGCCGAACAAAUGUUGUGGAGCGACUGUAUUCUCUAGAGUAAACUGCAUAGGUCAACAUCUGGAGCGAAGGAAGGGUUCUGUUAUUUACCUGGUUUCACAGGCCUGAAGGAAAUUGUUUUAACUUAUUUUACUGUAACCGGACAGACUGAGUAUGUAAAGUAUUUUAAUGAGGUUGCUUCCUAUCAGUGUACACACAGCAAUGUACUGUAUAUGCACAUACACUAUAUAUCCAUGUGGUGGCUAUUUUGUGUGGCUGUGGAAAGGAUGGAUGGAGGAUCAAUUAAAUGCAGACAUUCAGAAAUGUUAA